AUGUACCGUGAACCCGAAGGCUGCGGACCGCCAAAUGUCGUGCCAAACAGCUCAAGUCUCAUCAAGCUGGCAGAUGAUUGUAUGAAAACUGGAUAUGCUCACUAUUUCGACGCAUGUUCCAAAACAUGCGUAACCGACCGAUUCAUUCUUCCCUUAUAUCAAAAUGAGCAACUCGAAAACAUUGUUUAUGGACAGAUUUUCCCAGUUCUAGUACUACUAGCAGUCUUGGCCAAUAUGGCAGUGGCUCUCGUACUUUCCAAAAAACAUAUGGUGACCCCGACAAACGUUGUCUUGAAAUAUAUGGCGAUUGCGGAACUCCUUGUGGGACUAGUUCCACUACCAUGGACACUGUUCUUCUUCACUUUAGGGAAUUUCAAAAAACUGCAUCGAUUGGAACUUUGGUGGUGUUAUUUGCAAAAAUAUAGCAUGGAUGUUUUCCCACCAGUCUUCCAUAAUAUUGCAAUGUGGCUAACAGUGUUGUUAGCGGCUCAGCGAUAUAUCUCAAUCAGCUAUCCGCUGCAUUCAAGAGCGACAUGUAGUGUUCGAAAUGUGCGAUAUGCAACGUUUAUAAUAGCGACAAUCUCCUUAUUCUGCGGGCUUCCCAAAUCAUUUGAUUAUGUUUAUGAAACAAUUGAUGGAUGGAUUUUUAUGCACGGCAAUUGGAAGCAUACUCGAAGCUGUGUGAUGAUCCAAACUUCCCUUCUCGACCUUAUGGGUCAAACGGUGUUUUUCAAUAUUUACUUUUGGACAAGAGCCUUGGGUUUUAUUAUUCUCCCAAGUGUCUCUCUUGUCAUUUUGAACGUCCUUUUGAUCAGAGGAAUCCGCAAGGCUCAAAAACGGAAGCUACGCCUUCUCAGAGAGAAGCGAUCGGAAGAAGCUGCAAGGCAACGCGAUAGCAAUUCAACGAGCUUAAUGCUAGUUGCAAUUGUUUCAAUCUUCUUGAUUGUGAAUCUCCCGCAAGCCGCAUUCAUGGGUAUUUUAUGUGUAUGCGAAACAUUUGGGAUCAGAAUAACGCUGCUCGAAGGCAUGUUUCCGCCAGUAUUCUUGCUGACAAGCAACAUGAUUGUUAUGGCAACAUAUCCAAUCAAUUUUAGCAUUUAUUGCUUCAUGUCUAGCAGCUUCCGGCAAACAUUCAAAGCCCUUUUCUGCCCUGGCUACAAACAUUCCGAAUACGAUCGCAAACGCGAAGUUAGCGCUGUUCAUUCUGGCCGUCGUUCAGAGUAUUGUACGCAAUUGGUGAACAUUUGCACCGAUACUGAUGGCUCGACACAAGUGUCCCAUCGCGGAUCGGACGCGAAAUUCUCAAUACAUAGCAAUCGAUUGACACCAUUCGCUGUUUCUGAGAGCAGAAAAUUUAAUUUGUAG